AACUGGAGCAUCUCUGAAAAUCAGUUGUUGGUUGUUAUUCUCAAUAUUUUUCUUCAUUUGAUUUUAGUGAAACAAUUGUGUUGUGUUAUUAAUCUUUAUAUUUUGUCUUGUUUUUACAGUACUCACUAUGGAUUCUUCUAGUGACUCAUCGGAUGAGAAGUUUUUCGAUGCACCAACAGCUGAUGAUUGGGAUAUUGAAACAUCUUCUGGUCUUGCUGAGAGUAAUGAUAAUUGUAGUGAUUUACAACAGCAACAGCUUAGUCAGAAGCAAACAAAUCAAGAUCCAAUAGAUGAGGAGACUAAGAUUCUUGAGCAGAUUACUUUGCUUAACAAGGACACGGGUGAAUGCCGACCAUUAAGUGAGGCUGAUGAUAUCUUGCCUAAAUGUAUUAAUCCUCUUAACCCUCAUCUUUCUAAGCUUGCAAAUGAUUACCAGAGUGAUGAAGAUGAGCCUCAGCCGCAGACAAGUGAAGGGACUACGACGGAAGAAGGUUAUGAAUCUUGGUCAACUUUAAAGACAAGUGCAUUCAAAAAUGGUGUGAAAAAAUUAGGUAAAUUUGGCCAUGGGUUUAUAAAAGGUGUCAAAGGCGUUCGAGGAGGCAGUGGAUGGAACAGUGGUGAUACUGAAGGGAAGGGUUCUGGGACUAGUGGUGAUAAUAAAUAUAACAGGGACUCAGUGUCAAUCGAUCCACGAAUUUUGAAUCUUGACCCUCAUGAUCUAUUGUAUCCAACAAUCAAGUUGAAAACUAAUAGGAAAAAGGAUGCUGCUGAUUUUGAAGGUUUAAGAUUAAUUCAAGAAUUGAAUGACUGUAGAGGUGCAAUCUGGUGUAUGAAAUGGAGCUCUUGUGGUCAAUUAUUAGCUGUUGCUGGUCAAGAUCAACUUUUAAGAGUUUAUUGCAGCCAUAAAUCGUGGAAAUAUUUUACUCAAGCUAGAAGCAAAGCCUCAAGUCAACAAAUUUCACUUAAUUCGACCAAAGAAAGAUCUAUGAAUAACUCAAGAAAUAAUAGUACAAACAGUAGUAGCUCAGAGAAUGUUCAAAAUCUUAGCACGCACACCUCUAAUGAAUCAAAAUCAACUACUCGAAACAAUUUACCGCAAGAAGACAAUAGUUUAUCUGAAGAGGAACCUUUACUGUUAUUUAGUGCUUAUCGUGGUCACACUGCUGAUGUUCUCGAUAUAUCUUGGUCGAAAAAUAAUUUUCUCCUAUCCUCAUCCAUGGAUAAAACUGUCAAACUUUGGCAUAUUACUAGGGUUGAAUGUUUGUGUACGUUUUGUCAUAAGGACUUCGUCACCACCAUCAAUUUUCACCCUCGAGACGAUCGUUAUUUUCUCAGCGGAUCACUUGAUGGAAUACUUCGUCUUUGGAAUAUCCCAGAUAAAAAGUUAACCCUUUUUAACGAAGUUAUGGCUCCUACUGCAUCGAGUCAAAAAUCUAACAAAUCAAAUCAAGAAACAACACCACCCCACGGCCUAAUAACGGCAUCAGCUUUUGUUGAGAAUGGAAAGUUUGCUGUUAUUGGUACAUAUGAUGGUCGAGUAAUAUUCUAUUCAAUGGAUCAACUAAAGUACUCAACACAGAUUCACGUCAGUGGAGGUAAAAAUAUGUUUAGCGCAGUGGACACAUCAGAAAGAAAAAAGAAGCGAAAUAGUAACAAAGUAACUGGAAUUGAAGGUGUGGCAGAAAGAAAGAUUUUAGUAACAACCAACGACUCUCGUAUUCGUUUGUACGAUUUACGAGAUUUGACAUUAGAGUGUAAAUACAAAGGAUGUGUCAAUUAUUCAAGUCAAAUAAGAGCCUCAGUCUCAUCAGAUAAUAAAUAUAUUGUUUGUGGUAGUGAAAAUUCUUCCUUCUACAUUUGGAGAACCCGUGAGGAGACAACAAGUGGACAACGAAGAGACAGGAAUGCUCAAUGGGAAUGUGUACGAAUUUUACCACCAAGUAAUCAAGCUCAACAGGUUGGGUUAUCAUCAAAUAGUGCUGGAUCUGGUCAACCAACGAAAAAUCAACCAGCCAUUGUUACAUCAGCAACAUUCGCUCCAAAUCCAUCGUAUCUUGAUGACAAGGCUAAAUAUGUUAUUGCUAUUGCCGAUUUCAGUGGAAGUAUAAAACUGUUUUCUCGAUGAAGACAAGCAAGCGUCAUAAAACACGUCUAAAAAGACAAAUUGACAUUUCAAAGACAGGCGAGAAAAACUGAGAUGGUUCGACUUGAAGAAAUCAAUCAAAGAAAUCAAGACUUCAAAAAUUAAUCAGAUCAAUGAUCAAGAGUCACCAUUAUUAGCACUCUUCCGUCUUUCACACCAUGAAAUCAUGAGAAACGACUCCACCAAUUACAGUAACAGAAGGAUUUUGUGAUUACUUUAAACAUUUACCUUCUUUUUAUCUUUCCUUCACUAGCCUAUUCUUUGUAUCACAACAGUCAAUCUAAUUCUUAUUCAUUUAUCAUUCAUCUUUAUCCAUUUAUAAAAACAUUUUUUAGAUUAUUCUUAAUCAGAUGGAAAAGACUAAGAAACAGGAGAAAAAAAAGAUUCGAGUAACAAUAUACAUCAGCACUAAAUGUUGUUUUCUGACCAAUAUUUUUUUAGAUUCCCAAACCUCCCAACUCAAAGAUGAAGAUGAGAAAAAUUGUUAUCAUUUGAAACCCUUCCUCUUCAGUUUUUGCAAUUCUUUUACCUUUAAUACUGUCUUGUUGUAAAACAAAAUUUCUUUUCAGAAAUGGAUCCAUCAACACUCAUCACCAUGAAAACGCAAAGUGAAAGAAGCACCAAUCAUCAAUCAACUCUUUCCAUUCACCAUUUGACAAGAGAUGUUCUCAUAAAGACAAAGUGAUCUACAAAAAAUGUGACGGAUUCGCAUCAAUUGUGUUUAAACAUAUACACAUAUUUGUUUCCUUUUGGUCACAGUCAAAAUUUGUUUCUUUUAAUGAAAACAAAACAAUAUCUUCCAAUGUUAAUUUGUCCUCUCAACUCUUGCUCAGGUCUGGUCAACAAGUCAACAAUUGUUUUUUGGCUAUUUCCAAUAAUUUUCAAUCCAUCAAAAAAUCACAGCAAAAAAUUAUCUUCUAUUUAUAUUUGUAGAUUAUAUUAUUACUGCAAACCUUUUCUUCAUUGUCAGUAAUCCUCCAAGAUAAUCGUUUACACCUAAAAAUCAUCAAAAAUAUAAAUACUUUAUAUUAACUAAAUGAAUCUUAUUAAUGUUAAACAUUGAACAAAAACAACCAAAUUAAUUGAAAACAUCGUCUAUCAUAUCCAUUUCAUCCAAACCCAAUAUCAAGCCGAUAAUCAACUUGAUAAAUGAAGCAUUUUCAUAAUGAAAAA